AUGCCCCGAUCGCUCAACAACGGAACCGAUCUUCCCUCUAAAAAUAAGAAAUGGGACGUGACUCCAAGCAUCCUGGGAAAAAUCGUGGCCGCGAAUGGAAAUCGAAUGCUGCCACCAGAAACACUUCACAACGCGUUCCAUACGCUGAUGCUACAGCACCUCGAUGAUGGUGUCAGCCGGGAAGUCAAGGACCAAGCGUACGCUGCAGGCCUGGAGAAGCUAGAAGAGUGGCGCCAGAUUAUGCAAGAGUUCUUGGUCGACUGGGGACCAAUCUCUCGGAGAUGGAGAUCUACCCAGGAAUACCAGAAUAUUUCC